AUGUAUGCCACCAUUGUACCUCUUGUUACGCUUGCAUGUCUUGUGCACUACCUUGUCUUCCUUCCACUUUACCAAUAUUUCCGAGAUAGAAAGGGACUACGGAAGUAUCCCUCUGUCAACUGGCUUGCAGGUGUCACAAACAUUGGUUUCAUGUAUGAAGCCUUCAAGGGCAGACGCUCCAAGAGACUCGCCGAAUUACACAAGGAGCAUCCAGUGAUUCGGAUUGGACCUAAUUCAUUGUCCUUCAAGAGUGUACAAGCAAUCAAGGACAUUUACGGCCAUGGCACGCCCUGCACGAAAGAUUACUUUUACUCUACAUUGUCCGGUACUCACUUUCACCUUGUCGACGUGAUUGAUGAACACGACCACGCCCGCAAACGAAAGAACCUAGCCGCCGCCUAUGCGAUCAAGAAUCUCGAGACCUGGGAACACAAGGUAGCCGACAAGGUAGAACGCUUUAUCAAGGCAUGCGAUGCGGCUUGUACCUCACCUUUAGAGGCCACCUCACCUGCACCUGAGGAUCUCACAUUCGACUAUUUCAACUAUGCCAACUUCUUUACCGAAGAUGCAAUCGUCGACAUUGGGUUGUCCGAGAGGCUUGGGUUUCUCGACCAAGGGUCAGAUGAAUGUGUAGCUGAGCACAUGGACGGCACUCUAUUCCGCGCCAGCUACCGAAAGUCCCUGCACAACAUGACAACGGCACAAUCGCGCAUCGUGUGGGCUUACGACUGGUUCAACUUCAACAAGGUGCUGACAGGGCUUGUCUCAAAGGACUUUGCCCGCAUGUGGAAGCUCAACAAGGACUGGGACGGCAUCCUCUACCACCGCGCCAAGAAGCGUCUGGCCAGAUACCAGGCAGGCGAAAAGCUGGACGACUUCUUCCAGGUCAUCAUGGAGGACAAGAAUGGCCAGGCGCAUAAUCUGCCCUGGGGCGAGAUUGUCGCCGAGAUCUCCAUCAUGAUGAAUGCCGGGAGCGAUACGACAGCGAUUGCCAUGUCGAAUGCUGUCUAUCUACUGCUGAGGCACCCGCUGGCCUUGAAAAAGCUGCGCGAAGAGAUUGAUGCCGUCUUGGAUCCUCACGAGGUGGUUGCACCAUAUGACAAGGUCAAGCAUCUUCCCUACCUCCGGGCCGUGAUUGACGAGACGCUACGGAUGAUGCCGCCCGUGUCGUUCAACCUCCCCCGGCGCACCCCGGCCGAGGGCAUGAUGGUGGCGUCGGAGUACAUCGCGGGGGACACGGGGGUGAGCAUCUCGGCAGAGGUGGCACAUCGCGACCCAGAGGUAUUUGAAGACCCCGAUAGUUUUAUUCCCGAGCGAUGGCUCGGCGAAAAGGGCCGUGAGCUCCAGGCUGGAUUCGUGGCGUUUAGCGCUGGAGCCAGGGGAUGUAUUGGGAGGAACAUUACAUAUCUGGAACAGACAGUCUUGCUUGCUUCGGUGAUGCACCGUUAUGACAUGGCUCUCCCAAGUCAAGAUUGGGAGCCUACGCAGUACGAAGGCACCACUACUCACAUGAAAGAACUACCAUUAAAGGUUUGGAGACGCGACGAAGCCAAACCCAGAUGCGGCCGAUGCGUCAAGAAGGACAUUGAAUGCGUCCGGCCCAACAAGAUUAGAUUCAAGCACUGGCAUCAAUCAAGGCACAUCAAUGAGAACAACUACAAAUCUUCUCGAUCUGGCUUCCGGGACAACCAACCUUGGUGUAGGACAAGUGGCCCAUUGCAAUUCGUCGACGAAAGCCAGCAUAUCCCGGCCAUCUAUGAGAACAGUCCUGACUCACACUAUGACGAGGACGAAACGGCCAUAUCUCCAGCUCUCGAGCAGGACAUUUCACAUCACCUCUCUCAAUCGGAGAGUAUAUUACAGGCUCAUAAGAACAAUGAUGUUCAAGUCGACCCCUCCAGUGUCUUUAUUGGAGAAUCAGAGUUAUUGCCUCACAAUGGGACAAGCCGGUCCAUAGUUGCUACCCCGCCGUUUGAUCAGGUCGCGGACGGCACGAGACAGACGCAUGUUUCUUUCGAGAUCGAGAACACUAAUUUUGGUCGUCAAUCAUGGAAACCCUUCUCAGGCGAUGUGGUCCAAGCGACAUCUGACCAAGAACGAUUAUGCGCAAGCCCAUUGGGCAACAGUGGAACGGCCAUGCCGGUACCUGGCAGUACGGAUCAUCCAGCAUUUCAUACUAUGAACUCUUCCGAUCCGGCAUUUGAUCUCCCCGUAUUUCCACUCCGAGAUCCCAUGGAAGCCAAGUUAUUCAACCUAUGGAUCGAACAUGGCGCUCGUCGUUUCGACAUGUGUGAUGCGAGUCGUCAUUUCGCAACUGUCCUGCCUGUCAGGGCCAUGUCCUGCAAGCCCCUAGUGAAUGCUUUGUUCGCUCUGAGCGCAAAAUUUGCUGGCGACGUCGACGACUUUAUCGCCGCCAAGUACUACCAAAGAUGUCUGAAUAGUCUAGUCCCCAUGCUUGAUCAACCAGCCGCGCUUGUCAACGAGGACCUGUUUGCUGCUGUAGUGCUACUUAGAUCGUUUGAGGAACUUGAAGUACCUCUGUAUGGCCAUUAUGGCGAAACACAUCUGGUAGGAACUCACUUAUUCAUCGAUGCGUCGCGGUCAGACGCAAUUCAAGACCCGAUUCUACCUGACCCAAGCAAUCUGUUCAACUCCUUCGAGUUCAAUGGUCUACGCGGCGCCGCCUUUUUGAUCGCACUACGUCAAGAGCUGUUCAUUGCAUUGGUGUCACAGCGACCAGUACUUCCGGCCUUUUCUUCGCUCAGGUUCAACCGAUCUCUCGACAGCCCGAGAGACGAUUGCACUUGGGCCAAUCGUAUUAUGCCAUUUGCUAUCGACGUUCUCGACUUUUGCUACGGAGAGAAUACCACUAGCAGUAGUCAGUCCGUGAUCCGAUUUAACGAGCUUACAGCUUACGCAGAGCGCUGGUUCAACUCCAAGCCCGCGACUUUCAACCCCAUUUACGUGGGAGAGGUUCCUGAAACUGGACAGAAUAGCACUCUGGAGAGCUUUCUAAAUAGCGAAGGAUCCAGAAACCCCACCAAACGUUUAUACUCAACGAUUUGGCUACUGAAUGAUGCUGUAGCAACAGGGCUACAAAAUUACUACCUCAUCAGAAUUCUCCUACUUGCCUACAAUCCUCAUAUGCCCCGAACGGGACCAACCCGGAAGAUGUUUCUCAGGACGGAGAACGAAGAAAUGCGAAAACACACUCGAACGCUUGUAGGCAUUGCGAGGGGAAACCCCGCAUGCGUACCACUCUCGGUCUGGGCAGCUGUGGGCAUUGCAUUGGCUGGCGAUAGGUUCGAGGACCGUGCCGAUCAAGAGGAGUUGAUUCGCUUCCUGAGUGAUGCGCAGGCAUUGUCCAUGUGGGACACGAAAGCGAGUCAAGCCCAUCUGGUGGAAGCAUGGGGUUGGGAAGAAGACACCAUGACCUGCGAUACAUGA